GUAAACGUUCUCUGCUCUUGCUGUCAAAAGGGGGUCGCUAAAGCGGUUGUUCGUCAGGGGAGCAAACGCCACUAUGUACUUGAUUAUUUUCAACAUAGCUUGUACAACUUAGCUUCUUGGUUGGAUUUAAGAAUGCCCAACAAACUGACACCAACUGCGUUUUGCUGAAAAGUCAAUAUCAUCGCUCUGUCCGGUCUGAAUGCUAGGUAGCUAGCGCCGGGGACUAGCGUCAACAAUGCUAACCUUUAGCUUAGCUUUAGCAAGCUAGUACAUUUAAUUUAUUUUUGAAGACUGCUGUCGUGGAUGAAGACUAAGGAUAUUGCUGGAAUGAGUCAAUAUACUCCAAAGUUUUGACCUUCUUAACUGGUUUCUACAGCAGUUCUAUGUUGCAAUGAGAAGCGUUGGACUUGAGCUCUGAGUGCUCAGCGGCAUGAACUCGGUUUCCCCCAGCGCAGUACAGUACGUGGGGGUGGUGAUGCAGGAGGAGCUGGUGGAGAGCCGGAGGCCGCAGCCCCUCGAGCGGCAGGGCAGCUUCGGUCUCAGGCCGGCCCCGACCACAGAGCCCGGCAGAGAGGCCAACGGAGAGCCGGACGAGCUGGACAAACUGAAAUCCAAACUGAUGACAGCGUGGAACAACGUCAAAUAUGGCUGGACUGUCAAAUCUAAAACUUCAUUCAACAAAACCUCGCCAGUCAUCGUCCUGGGAAACUCCUAUCUGCUCAACAGUGAAGAUGAGGUGGAGCGGUUUCGUCUGGCCUUUGUCUCCAGGAUCUGGCUGACCUACAGGAGGGAGUUCCCUCAGCUGGACGGCUCCACCCUGACCACAGACUGUGGCUGGGGCUGCAUGCUGCGCAGCGGCCAGAUGCUGCUGGUGCAGGGGCUGCUGGUCCAUCUGAUGCCCAGAGACUGGGCUUGGCCAGACGCUCAGCAGCUCACUGAAGUGGACUUUGAGGUGUUCAGACCACGCUCCCCAGCCCGGGCAGGAGGGGUCCCCAUCCCCUCCUUUGGCUCUCCACGCGGAUCCAACACGCCUGAAAAGUCCCUGAUGAGUGAUCAGGUACCCAAGUGCAGCCAGAAGAAGAGACCUGAGUAUAGAAGGGACAGUCAGGGAGAGACCCUCCACCACAAGCUGGUCUCCUGGUUCGGGGAUCAGCCGCAUGCACCUUUCGGGCUUCACCAGCUGGUGGACAUCGGUAAAAGUUCAGGGAAGAAGGCUGGAGACUGGUACGGACCCUCUAUCGUGGCUCACAUACUACGGAAAGCAGUAGCCAAAACCUCUGUGCUCCACAACCUGGCUGUAUACGUGGCUCAGGAUUGUACUGUGUACAAAGAGGAUGUGGUGCAUUUGUGUGACCUGUCGCUGAGCCAGACCCCGCCUGACCCGUCCAGCCAGGCCUGGAAGUCUGUCCUCAUUCUGGUGCCUGUACGGCUCGGGGGGGAAGUCCUCAACCCGUCCUACAUCGAAUGUGUCAAGAACAUCCUGAAGCUGGAGUGUUGUAUUGGAAUCAUCGGAGGCAAACCGAAGCAUUCACUAUACUUCGUUGGCUUCCAAGACGAGCAGCUGCUGUAUCUGGACCCUCACUACUGCCAGCCUUUGGUGGAUGUGUCACAAGUCAACUUCUCACUGGAGUCGUUCCACUGUAGCUCUCCUAAGAAGAUGCCCUUCAACCGCAUGGAUCCCAGCUGUACCAUCGGCUUUUAUGCCAAGAACAAGAAGGACUUUGCGUCUCUAUGUUCUGCUGUCAGUGAGGCCCUGUCAUCAUCGAAGGAGAAGUACCCCAUCUUUACCUUCGUAGAGGGCAAGAGUCAGGAUUUUGGACUUGAGGGCCACGGCAGCAAUAACAGUGGACCUGCAGCCCACAUCCUGCCCCCCGGCAGACAGGGCAUGAUGAACAACAGAAGAAACAGUGAUGAGUUCGUCUUCCUGUAGGCACUGGGGAGGAUGCUCUCUCAGCUCUCACCAGUGGGGGGCAGACAGGACAUCUCACUCCCUCUCAAAAGGGAAAGACUGGAUUCUGUUUGCGGUACGUCUGCAAGGUGGAGAGGACGCAUUAUCGCCUGCACUGCUCAAACGAAAAAAACAAACAGUGUGGCUUCUGUCAUCACAUUUUGUGUGAUGGGUAUUAUAAGCUAACAGACACUAACGGGUGCUGUCUGCAGCAUUAUUUCACUGGGCAAAGGCAUGAUUUCAAAACGGAUCAUGGUUGGAAAUUUUCUGGUACUUAAAAUAUUCUUAAAACACUUGAUCAUACACCUAAAGUGAAGCAUAUAUGAGAAAACCCAAGCGCUUUAAAGUACUUCUAAAACACUGAAACUGUUUUUGUCCUGGUCUAAACUGGACAGGAAGUUGAUGUGGUCUCUACUUCAUGAUAUUUGAAAAGCUCUCUGGUCAGUCGGGGAAGGGGUUCUUGACUUGUAUGAUAUAUCAUCUGCUGAACAUCUCUUUAUUUUGCAUUCUUUACAUUUAUUUAUCUAGUUUAUGAACGUGUGUUUGCGUGUGAGCAAGUGAUGUUACUGUGGUUUAUUUGUAGGUCUUAAAUAAGUUCUCUGAUGGAUUAGGGAGUCUAUCAGGUUGAGUUUCACAGAGGUUUUAAAUUCAUGAAGAGCAUUUUGAAUUAAUAAAUUAAUUAUCGUGUUGCAUUCUGACCCAAACAUCACACAGAUGACAUGGGUCUUAAUCUAGGCAGGCUUUGCCCUUGAUUAUUGAUCAUUAAGAAUAUGAAACACUCCAGGAAAUCUCUGCUUAAUAUUCAAGGAUAAGGGUGGAAGUGAAUAUAAAUGAUGCCUUUAGUUUUAGCGUUAUAUGUAUCUGAACAUGGCAAACUGUAGCUUGUCUCAUAAAGCUGGAUUAUAAAGUAAUCUGGAUACAUUUGAAAAUUGAAACCCAGAACAGCUGUCUUUAAUUAUUUUUCAGCUUCUGGUCAGUUAUUCAGUCAAUGAGAUCGGCUGAAUAGAUAAUUAACCUUCAAGGUUUUGGUACGAUGUCUUUUGUGUUUAGAUUGUCUCUUUUCUGAGGGAAGGUUAUACUAAAAGUUGCACUAUACUACUGUUAUUUGGGUUGUUGUCCAGAUUAAACUUCAAACACUGGAAUCACA